CAGGUAAGAAGAUGAUGCCGUUUGGCGGAAUCGCGUCGAAGCUGAAGAUCGAUCGGCUGAAGGCAGAUGGGGUGGGGUCACAUGACCGCGCUGUGAAAUACCUCAAACAGGAUUAUGAUAGCCUGCGGCAGUCCUGUCUGGAGAAUGGGACGCUGUUUGAAGACCCCCACUUCCCCGCCAUCACCUCCUCCAUGGGCUUCAAAGAACUGGGACCCGGCUCCAGCAAAGUGCAGGGAGUGCGGUGGAAGCGUCCCGGGGAAAUUUCUGGCGAUCCGCAGUUUAUUGUAGGCGGAGCCACCAGGACUGAUAUCUGCCAAGGGGCGCUGGGUGACUGUUGGCUCCUGGCUGCUAUUGGUUCUCUGACGCUGAACGAAGAUCUCCUGCACAGGGUCGUCCCCCAUGGACAGAGCUUCCAGGAGAACUACGCCGGAAUCUUCCACUUCCAGAUCUGGCAGUUUGGUGAGUGGGUGGACGUGGUGGUGGAUGAUCGCCUGCCGGUGAAGGAUGGAGAGUUGGUUUUCGUACACUCUGCCGAGUGCUCUGAAUUCUGGAGUGCCCUGCUGGAGAAGGCCUAUGCCAAACUGAAUGGCUCUUAUGAGGCUCUGUCAGGUGGCAGUACUACUGAAGGGUUUGAAGAUUUCACAGGCGGUGUGGCCAUCAUGUAUGAGCUGCGGAAAGCCCCCCGAGAUCUGGACAAAAUCAUCAGUCGGGCACUGCAGCGAGGGUCCUUACUGGGCUGCUCCAUUGAUAUCACCAGUGCCUUCGACAUGGAAGCCAUAACCUUUAAGAAACUGGUGAAGGGCCAUGCGUACUCCGUGACAGGUCUAAAAGAGGUCAACUACCGGGGACAGACAGAGAAGCUGAUCCGGAUUCGAAACCCAUGGGGGCAGGUGGAAUGGACAGGAGCCUGGAGCGACAACUCCUCGGAGUGGAACGAGGUGGAUCCUUCUGAGCGUGAAGACCUCCGCCUGAAGAUGGAGGAUGGAGAGUUCUGGAUGUCUUUCCAGGAAUUCCUACGCCAGUUCAAUCGGCUGGAGAUCUGUAACCUUACCCCCGAUGCGCUCAACAAAGAUGAUGUCAGCAAAUGGCACACAACGCUGUAUGAUGGCUCAUGGCGAAGGGGCAGCACUGCUGGUGGUUGCAGGAAUAAUCCAGCCACAUUCUGGAUCAAUCCUCAGUUUAAGGUUACACUGCUGGAGGAGGACGAUGACCCGGAUGAUAAUGAGUUGGCCUGCAGCUUCCUUGUCGCCCUCAUGCAGAAAAACCGCAGGAGGGAGCGGAAGGUCGGAGGUGACAUGCACACGAUUGGUUUUGCUGUGUAUGAGGUGGGUAUAUUUAAAGGUUGCCAAAAUGUCCACCUCAAGAAGGAUUUCUUCCUCCGUCACCAGUCCUGCGCCCGCUCAGAAACUUUCAUCAACCUGCGAGAAGUCAGCAACCCAAUUCGCCUGCCCCCUGGAGAGUAUAUCAUCGUCCCCUCAACGUUCGAGGCACACAAAGAGGGCGACUUUGUGAUGCGAAUAUUCACAGAGAAGCAUUCAGAUAUCCAGGAGCUCGAUGAUGAAGUCACUGCAGAUCUACCUGACCAGGUAAGAGACUCCAGUACAAGGAAUUGA